AUGUCGCAGACGACUCCAAAUCCUCCUUCUGUUGUCAUGAACACAGCUGGCAACAGACAGCAGGUUCCCUUGAGAGACUAUCUCAACGCCAGGAUUGCGCCAUUUCUCAAAAGAGCUAUUACAGAAAGCCUAGGUGUCGAAGCAGAAUUCCCUCUCCAGUGGCUGGGCGAGUGUCUCAUCCACCAAUCGAUACAGUAUGAAGGGAACCCCGACCAUACAAACAUUCGCGAGAGAUUCGUCAAUAAAUUCGAAGAUCCAAAGCCGGAAGAGCAUCCUGUGAAUGGAGACUCACCGACACUUGCAGUUGCGCCCGCCGCGCAAGAACCUGUUCCCCCAGCCGUGCCAGAAUCGUCACUUGAGCAGACGGAAACGGAGGUCGCGAUGAACGAAGCAGCCCCUGCAGACUCACAACCCGUCCAGCCAGCGUCGCAGUCGGCGGUAGUACCCGACAUUGUCCAAACACCAACUGUUGUCAAUGGCGUACAGGAAGAGCGACCGCCAGCUGUGACAAGUCCAGCAAGAGAUGACGAUACUGAGAUGGGCGGAAUAUCAUGA